UCCCAGCGCCCCAGCCCCACGCUCGCUGAAUACCAAGCUGCAGGCGAGCUGCCGGGUGCUUUUUUUUUUUUUUUUUUUUUUCCCUCCUCCAAUUCGGAGUAGAAGAGCCACACUGAUUUCUUUCCAGGGGAGGGGAGGGGCAGGGCAAGGGGUCCCAAGUCGCACACAAGUCUUCACUGCCAUGGGGGCCGUCAUGGGCACCUUUUCAUCUCUGCAAACCAAACAAAGGCGACCUUCUAAAGAUAAGAUUGAAGAUGAGUUGGAAAUGACCAUGGUUUGCCAUCGGCCCGAGGGACUGGAGCAGCUUGAGGCCCAGACCAACUUCACCAAGAGGGAGCUGCAAGUCCUUUAUCGAGGCUUCAAAAAUGAGUGCCCCAGUGGUGUGGUCAAUGAAGAAACAUUCAAACAGAUCUACGCUCAGUUUUUCCCUCAUGGAGAUGCCAGCAUGUAUGCUCAUUACCUCUUCCACGCCUUCGACACUACCCAGACAGGCUCUGUGAAGUUCGAGGACUUUGUAACUGCUCUGUCGAUUUUACUGAGAGGAACCGUCCAUGAGAAGCUAAGGUGGACAUUUAAUUUGUAUGACAUCAAUAAAGAUGGAUACAUAAACAAAGAGGAGAUGAUGGACAUCGUCAAAGCCAUCUAUGACAUGAUGGGGAAAUAUACAUAUCCCGUGCUCAAAGAAGACACUCCAAGGCAGCAUGUGGAUGUCUUCUUCCAGAAAAUGGACAAAAAUAAAGAUGGCAUCGUGACUUUAGAUGAAUUUCUUGAAUCCUGUCAGGAGGAUGACAACAUCAUGAGGUCCCUCCAGCUAUUCCAAAAUGUCAUGUGA